AUGCCCCCUGUGGCUACGGUUGUGGAGGAGGCUAUGGUGGCUGGGGUGGACGUGGCGGCUAUGGAGGAUGGGGAUGGGGUGGCUGUGGUGGCUUUGGUGGCUUUGGAGGCUGUGGAGGCCGCGGAUGGUGUUGAUCACAGCAUGCUGCCCGUCUAUGGUAUUGGGUCGUGUGGCAUUGGCGGCGGAUACGGUGGCGGCUCCAGCGUGAUCGGCUACGGGGGUGGAGGAUUGGCUGCCUCUGCCAGCAGUCUCGGCAUCGUCCCUGGAGUGACGCCAUCUUGCAUCAGCCAGAUCCCACCAUCCGAAAUGGUGAUCCAGCCCGCUCCAGUCGUGGUGACCCUCCCAGGAGCUAUCCUGUCCUCCAGCUGUGCCCCCAUGGCUGUGGGAGGUUACUCACCCUGUGCCAGCGGCUAUGGCUAUGGCUAUGGCUCCGGCUAUGGCUACGGCUCCGGCUAUGGAAUUGGGGGUUCCAUAGGCAAGUGCUACGGGUCAAAGCGCAGACAAAGCAUCUGUGGAUACCCCUGCUAA